AUGCUUGAACCUAGCCCUAAACUAAAAAACGCGAGUGUUGUAUGGGAACCUAAGCUUUUUCUCGUCUCCCCGCCCCCCGAGCACAAGUUUGCAGUAAAGAAGAAGCCGAAAAAGGCAUGUUUCAAGAACGCGAAGGACUACGCCAUCGAGUAUUGCCAAGAGAGCAGUGUUCACGGUGUCAAGUACAUCGGGCAGCGUGGUCGCACCUACGUGGAGAAGUUGACCUGGACAGUCAUUGUCGUUAGUCUCUGUACCGUGUGCCUCAUGCAUAUCCGCCAAGCGUACCUGAAGUGGGAGGGGGCGCCGGUGACGGUCUCGUUUUCGGACAAAGAGGUUCCAAUCUCUGCAAUACCUUUUCCGGCCGUCACAAUUUGUCCAGAAGUUAGAUUCGAUCCGGAAAAGUUUAACUACACCCGCGUCUUUCGGAAGAAGCGAUACGGAAUGAGGGAGGAGUAUCUGCAAAUCGCUUUCCUCCUUUGCGAAGUAUGCGUGGAGUGCAGAGGAUAUUUUGGAAUUGUUGAGUGGAAUGAUACCGUUACCCCGAACGUGGCGCGUAAAUUACGUGAGAUUUUGCCACCCUUGGAUCCACUAAAUUUAACAGUGACAAUGUGGUUAGGAAAACUACUAAAUACUAGUAAGGUGUUUUCCUACACCCUCACAUCCGAAGGAAUCUGCUAUACGUUUAACAUGUUGCCAUAUGAUGAGAUAGUUCGAGAUGGGUACCAGUUCAACCGAUCUUUGGACUUCAUGCGUAAAAGUCAUAAGUGGACACUUGAGGAAGGAUACCCGCCAGGAGAAAACCUCGACGUUUUUCCUAGGCGAACCUUUAUGUCUGGCACGGAUGGAGGUUUGACCAUAAGCUACAUUGCUACCAACGACAGCCAUCUUGAUUACUCAUGCGGGGAAUCACUGCAAGGAUUUAAGAUUGCCUUGCACCAUCCUUCCGAGUUUCCGAAUAUGGAUCGACACUUCCGUCUACCGCUGAACCAAGCGGUUUUUGUUGGUGUAAGACCAUCUUUUCUCACUGUAUCCCCUGAACUGUUGAGCUACGCACCUGCAGCUAGAAAGUGCUACUUUGCGAAGGAGAAGUAUUUGGCGAGUUACAAGUAUUACACUCAGCAAAAUUGCCUCGACGAAUGUCUACUUAAUUACACCAUAGCUUCCUGUGGAUGCACCCCAUUUUAUUUUACACUCAUUAGAAAGAACACCAAGGUCUGCGGAGCAGCCUUAACCGCAUGUGUCAAGGAGAGUAAAUUGCAUUACUUGAAGAAGGAGAUACACUCGGACGAUCAGCGGUGCGCUUGCUUACCGUCAUGCACCUCUUUGUCGUACGAGGUCGAAACGUCCCAAACAGACUGGCGUUGGCAAAAAGCAGUGGAGACCCUAAACCUAGAUCACUUCUCCCACAUAAAUCCAAACAGCUUGCACAUAUCCAAGCUGAGCGUCUUCUACAAGGACCUCCAGUUCUUAAGCUGUCGUAGGGAAGAAGUGUAUGGUUCGCUGAACUUUUUUUCAAACAUAGGAGGAUUGCUAGGGUUGUUCAUUGGAUUUUCGGUUACGUCGGCAUUUGAAAUUGUUUAUUUCCUGACUCUUCGGAUAUUUUGUAACGUCAGGAAGUAUGGAAGGAGGGCUUGGUUUGGACAGCCCAACCGUGGGAAAUUUAUGAAAUAAUUCACUUGUAGUUACAAUUCACGAUUGGUAUUUG